GAUGGUACUCUUAUUCAAACAUGGGCAUUCUUACGAGAAGCCAAUCGAACCGCCUUUGAGCACUUACGCCAACUAUCUCAGCUACUGCAAAGUUUGCACAUGGAUUUGCAAACAGUUGAGCGAGCAGUGACCUCGGUUCAACUAAAACAAACUCAAUUGUCAGAUGGGGAAAAACCCUAUGACUGGCAAACUGGUUAUGGUCAUUCCCAGUCCAAUUUGGUUCGAAGUGAUUCUGGGAAUGGUCUGUGUAUGGAUGCCGAAGAACAUGGUCGAAUUUUAGCACGUGUUCGUAAUUUGGGUGAAGAGUUUGUGCGACUGUUCCGACAAAGUGUACUAUUUCGUGAUGUGCCUCAAAUGCCCGGGCACGAUUUGCAUGUGCAUUUGGUCCGCUUGUUUUUUCUGCGUGUUGCUCCCGAGUUUGAUCGGUUGGCCAAUCAAUUGCAACAUAAUGACUUGUUUUCUGAUGUGACAAUGUUGGACUUGCAACGUAAAGCGAAUCAGUGCAAACAAACUGGUGGCGCGAAGAAGUCCAAUGCGAUGAAUUCUACCGCUCGGAUAUUGUCUAGCCAUGUGGAUCGAAUCCAGCCAGAGCAGGCGUCGGAAGAUAUUGCCAGUCUGCAAGCUGUGCUGCUAGCAACUGAUUCACAAUUUAAACAGCUUCGGUCAAGCUUUAUCAAACUCAUUCAAGACAAUCAGGAACUGAUUGAAACGGUCUCCUUGGAUCAGACUAAACUGGGCAAUACGGCCAAUUCCGGAAGCAGUUUUGUAACGAUGACAAUCCAAUUGACGAGGGACAAGAAUCGUUUGGUUCGCCUCGAAUCAGUGCAAACGAUCUACAAUCCAUUCACCGAGCUCAUCGAUCUAAUUGUCUCCGGUUUGGUGAUGGCUUUUCUUGCCGUGUUUCUUCUCGAUGUCUGUACGACUAAUCAAACCCCGGUUCGAGGUUGGAUGUGCUGUAAUGAUUCCUCGAUCAGCACAAUUGAGGACCCUUCACCAACUAAACCUUCACUGAUUAUUCACACCGGAUGCGAACCUAUUCCCGAUUGCGCUGAUCGACCAUCGUCCGUUUGUCAAGCACCACCAUCACCUCACUCGUCCACAGAUUUCUAUCGAACACUUCGGCCAUGCGUAGAUCACCGAACUAGCAGAUCUACGUUUGCUCGACCUUGUACGCUGUGUCCCGUUUGUACCUCCUCAGACUGGCCCGUACUUACACCAACAUCCGUACCCAAUCAGGUAUGA